AUGGUGAAGUUGGCUUUUGGUAGCUUUGGUGACUCGUUUAGUGUUGGCUCCCUCAAGUCCUAUCUAGCCGAGUUCAUUGCCACCCUUCUUUUUGUGUUGGAGCUGCCAUUGCUUACGGAUGAAGAGUAUCGAAAUGGACCUCUCACUUGCACUUCCUUACAAGUGUGCACGACUGUCAUACUUGGAUUGGCCAUUAGAGGCAACAUCACCAUCCUCACUGGCAUAUUCUACUGGAUUGCCCAACUCUUGGGCUCCAUCGUUGCUAGCUUUCUCCUCAAGUUUGUCACUCAAUUGGAUGUGCCAACCCAUGCACUUGCCUCAGGGGUAGAUGCAAUUGAGGGAGUGAAACUCGACUUCUUGGAACAGGUGCUUACUGUUUACACCAUAAUCAACCGAGCAUAUCCAGUCUCAAAACAAUUAGCACCAAGGCAGACACGCCUUCUCUCCUGCCGAAGGAAGACACUCUUCCGAGGUGCCAAGCACCUGCCGAAACUCCCGACUGCCAAAGCUCACAAACUGCUAAACCUAAUUCUCAUGACAAGUGUCACCACCGCGGCGACUUGCACAAAGUCCCACAUCGAAAAUCUACACCAACCUCCCACUUUCACUUCCCUAUAA